AUGCGUUUGAUCAAGAACAAAAUCGAGCAUGGUGGCUCUGGCACAGUCACUCUGUGCCCCGAAGAACCAGAGGAUAUGUGGCACGCAUACAACCUAAUCAGGCCUGGUGAUCUCCUUCGUGCCAGUGCUAUCCGUCGCGUAACAACAACCCACGAUUCCGGCACUACAAGUUCAUCGCGAGUCCAUUUGACGCUCGAGAUCCGCGUGAAAAGCCUCGACUUCGACCCGCAGACCUCUCAGUUGCAUGUGGGAGGACAGAUUGUGAACGAGACACCGCACACAAAGAUUGGGCAGCAUCAUACGUUGGAUCUAGAGUUAAACCGCAAUUUCACCUUGGAGAAGGAAAUCGGCCAGGAUGGAGAGGGAGUGGGAUGGGAUAGCAUCGCGGUGCAGAUGCUGAAGGAUGCGGUGGACGAGAGCGGCAACCGGAGGGCUGAAGCUGUCGCGGUCGUUAUGCAAGAAGGGUUAGCCCAUAUUUGCUUCAUUGGGCAGUUCCAGACCAUCUUGAAGCAAAAGGUUGAGAUGUCAGUGCCGCGAAAACGUCAGGGCGGUGGAGGUGGAGAUCACGAUAAGGGAAUGUCGAAAUUCUACCAAGUCACAUUGGACACUCUUUUGCGGCAGAUGGAGUUCAACACCAGCUCUACGUCAAUGACGACCAACGAGCCUGUGAAGCCCGUCCUUCUUGCAUCGCCGGGAUUCGUCGCCGCUGGAUUCCAGAAAUACAUUCAAUCCGUUGCCUCGACCACUACGCCCGCUCUCAAACGACUUUUGCCGAGCCUUGUCGUCGUGCAUUCAGCCUCGGGGUACUUGCAUUCUCUCGCCGAAGUCCUGCAAUCACCCGCCGUGAAGACGGUGCUGGCGGAUACCAAAUAUGCCCGCGAAACCAAGCUGAUGGACGACUUCCUUGAGCAGCUGCGCAAGGAGACGAAUAGAGCAACCUAUGGACCCCGUGAGGUCGAGUCAGCAGUUGACCAAGGGGCUGUGGGCCGCGGGGGCGGCGUCCUCAUUGUCUCGAAUCGCCUGUUUCGGUCACAGGACGUGGCGGAGCGCAAGCGCUGGGUGUCUCUUGUUGAUCGAGUCCGAGACGUUGAGGGAGGCGAAGUUCGUGUACUCAGCUCCGAUCAUGAGAGUGGGAGGAGGUUAGAUGGAUUAGGAGGGGUUGCAGCCCUGUGUACUUUUCCGAUAAUCGAGGAGGAUUUGGAUUCGGAAGACGAGACUGCCGAAGCCAGUUGA